GUUGAAGUCAGAAAUUCCCUAGAAUUGGAGCCUAACCCCAAGAUGACAAAUAUAACGUUAGAAGAUAUUGUUUUGCCCGGCACCGUGUCCAUAUUUGCUGCACUUCAAUUGACAAGAAUCGCAAAAAAAGUGGGUGUAAUGAGAGGCAAGUUUAAGAUAGCUUUUCCUGCUACAACUGGUGAGCCAACAUUUGAAAGAGCCUUUCGUGCACAACAAAAUACAUUAGAAUUUAUGCCAAUUUUUAUGCCAUGUUUAUGGGUAUCUGGUAUAUUUUUUCAUCCAGUUCCCUCAGCACUAGCUGGUGUAGUUUAUCUCUAUUCAAGACACAGAUAUUUUGAAGGAUAUAUUAAAAGUGUAGAAGAUAGGCUGCCAGGGUUCAAGUUAGGUGUUCGAUGUUUAAUGGUCAUGUUAUUUAUGAGUUCUUGCGGACUAUCCACUACUUUACUACGAAGAUAUGCUGAUAUUGAUAUAGCUCAAACCUUCUGGCAGAUAGUAGAGAAAUAUUUACCAUCCAAAUAAAUUCUUAUCUUAAAGGAAUACUACCUCAAUUUCUUUCUUUUUUUUAACCUUGGCCAAUAAGAGUAUAUAUUCAUCAGUGGACUUACAUGGUGUCAUAAUAUAUAACAGAAUUCCUCUAUAAUCCAAUAAAUCCAUAAAACCGAGUAAUUCAACUGGUGAAAAUAAACUGGCCAAUUUUGAGAAGUUGAAUUUUAAGAGGUAGUAUUCCUUUAAAUCAUUUUAGAUAAAAUUUAGCACAAGCCUUAAUGAAUCAUAGUUUGAAAUUUUGUAGAUAACAUUUUAAAGAUGUCUUUAAUUUUUUUAUUUAAAUUUUGCAUUUUUUUAUUUUCAUUUGAAGCAUAAUUGACUUCUAAAUUCAGAGAAAACACACAGCAUUUGAAUUAGAUUUUAUGUUCGAAAAUCAGUUUUUUGAUAAAAUUGUCAAUAUAGGCACAUAUGACUACUGUAUUUUGAAAUUUCAGUUUGACAGAAAGCUAUUUCAGCAGUAUUAUUUUUCUUUUUAAAAGGACAUUCCGCUUUUUUUGUAGGUCGAAAAUGUUUUUAGCUCAAAUUUGUGCCGUUAAUCAUUACGUAUGGUUAUGCUUUUUGAUAGAUGUUUGGAAACUACUGUACGGAUUUAAGUAAGAUAAACACCUAAUUGUAGAAAAAUAUGUCUCCUACGUAUUCUGAAGGUUUCAACUAAAUAUAUACGAGGCAUUAAAACACCGAAACUAGGUCACACUGCUUAAUUAACAAUUAGUACUCUUAGUUUUUAAUUAACCCUUUCAAAUUCAGUUUGAUCAAGUAGAUCAUAGAUAUAAAUAGCAUACUUUAGAAAUAUUUUCAGGUAUAAUUUACGUUUUUGAAAAUAAAAUUUUUUUUAUAAAAAGGCAGAAUACUUUCAGUUUGAAUUUCUCAGAGGAAAGUAAUUAGGUGAAAUAUAAUUUUACAAAACAAAAUAUUUUGUCAGUGUAGUACAAUAAAAAUAAAAAAUUGUUGAAAAAUAAACUGUUAUUGAAAGAAAGUGAAUCCAAAUCACAACAUAUCAAAUUGCUGCAUUAAAUGUAGUUAUCUUUAUUAUUAUGAUAUUUUUUAAUAAAUUGAUAAACUAUUUUGGAUUUU